AUGCCCACUCUAGGUCCGUCUUUGCUGUUCGCAGCGGGUCUAACUCUGGGUGUAGGGGCAGGUAUAUUUUAUCCUCGAAAUCCUACUUCGCCUAUACAGAAUGUCCAAUUACCCCCACCACCUCCUGAGGGCGGUAAACAGGAUAGUAAAGCGCUAGUACCGACUGCUAUGGGAAGUGCAGUCUUGUCACAUGGUUUCCCAGGACCAACACCUGAUAUACUGAAAAGAACAGCGUAUACAGCAGCCUACGAUCGACGACUGAAACACCCAGCAUGGACCGCUGAACAUCUCACUGCUACCUCCCUAGCUAAGACUCCUCCUCCCUCCGCACCCAAUACUCUACCCGUACCGCUUGAUCAGGCUAGGAAAGCGGAUACACUGCCAACUGCGAAUGGGGAAAAGGUGGUGAUUAAAGGUGAUAGGUCGAAGAGUGUUUUCAUGGAAGAUGAGGGCGUACCGGAGAUGUUCAGAGCGAAGUUGCAGGAUUAUUUUAAGAGUGGUUACGAUAGAGGACAUAUGGUCCCAGCAGCCGAUGCUAAGAUAUCCCAAAAAGCGAUGGACGAGACUUUCUACCUAUCCAACAUAGCUCCUCAGGUUGGUGACGGAUUCAACAGACAUUAUUGGGCAUACGUGGAAGAUUUCUGUAGAAGGUUAACGAGCAAUUUCGAGGAUGUUUAUGUCUUCACUGUACCUCUGUAUUUACCUGCCAAACAUCCAGAUGGCAAAUGGCGAGUAACAUACGAAGUAAUCGGUAAUCCACCAUCCGUCUCAGUCCCUACUCAUUUCGCAAAAGUGAUUCUCGCUUCUCGACCAGACUUCUCUUAUCCCCAGAAACCCUCUUCCAACUCCAAUCCCGCUUAUCCCUCAACCUCACCAAACACCAUCAAAGAACUGGCAUUAGGAGCCUUUGUCUUACCUAACAAGGAGAUACCCGAUGAAGCGGAUUUGAGAUCAUUCAUCGUCCCUGUCGAACAUGUUGAACGAGCUGCGGGGUUGAACCUCUUCAAUGAGCAGGUGAAGAUGAAGAGCAAACAGUUAUGUACGGUUACGCAGUGUCAGGUUAUCGUAAGGAGGUUUGACGAUGCUAGGAAAAGUAUAGGGAAGAAGUGA